AUGUUAGCAUCUGCUUUUCCUGUCGUGUGGAGAGAUGAGAUCGCUCGAGGGCAGAAUGGAGUGAUUGAUGUCAAGAACUCAGACUUCUGCAAGAAGGACGGCAAGGAGAUACUUAUGCGAGAUGUGGUUGACAUCUUGAACAAGAAACUCGACAGCGCGUCCAAAGCGACUGAAUUGCGCGAGGUGACGAGUCUCAUGCUGUAUGGUGUGCGGCUGGGCAAUGACUUUCCAUUGAGCCGUGUUGUUCCUCAACUAGCUGGAAGUAGCCCACGCAUUGUCGCGACGACACAAACACGCGCGCGAUGGUAUACCAUUACUGUGUUUGUCAAGACCUUGACUGGAACGACCAUUUCGAUUGCGUGCUCACCAACGGACACUGUGAAGUAUGCCAAGAUGAAGAUCGAAGACAAAAUCGGCAUGCCCCGUGAAUCGCAGCGUCUUGUCUAUGCCGGCAAGCAGGUCAAAGACCACCAUUCGCUGUCGUAUUACAAUGUCAGCAACAACAGCACGCUGCAGUUGGUAUUGACCCUCUGUGGUGGAUUUGCUGGUCGCUUGUCUACACCUCACACCUUUGCGGAUGUAUCGGAUGGUUCGCUUCUAACUGCGCAUGAGUUUUCUCCAGACGCCCCCGAGUGGCGGGUCUGCAGUAAAGGUCUUAACAUCGAAGGUCGCUGUAAGAAUCGCGACUGUCGUGCCUACCGACACAUGAUCAUCGACCGCAAGAAGUUUGCGCUCUUCAAUCUUAUCCAAGACGACAAUGUCCGAUGCCCGAUGUGCCGCUCGAAAGUGGAUCCUGUCACUUGCGGGUUGUACAACUGCUGCUGGCGGUACGAGGGCAUGAAGGCAAGUGAUCGAUUGUCCAUGUGCUCCCAGUGGAAGGACGCGGAAGGAUACGUGUAUUAUCGCUUUGACUGCGACGAGAAUGGAGGGUCUGUCGAGUGGGAGAGUCUACUGAUGGCAGUCAAACCGAGAGACGAAGCGGUCAGUGCGAAGCUGCUGCAAUCGACCAAACCGCUUGCUACCAGUGCUGGCGACAAGUGCACCAUUUGCUGGUCUUCGUUUGGCUCGCCAGUCAAAGACUCGCACGUGACUUCGCCUUGCGGCCACAAUUUCCAUCGUGUUUGCUCUCAUAACUGGACGAAGUGGUGCGAGCGCAACAAUACCCAACCGAGUUGUCCAAUCUGCCGCAGAACGGGUUGA